AAUUGUCAGAAAAUUGAAAUGGAUACAGAUGAUUGUGUUUGCCCCCCUUCGAGGAAAGCCAUGUUGAUUUUAAAAUAUCAAAAUAAUGCAUUUCAUUAUGAUGGGAUUACUGUUGUUACAGUUUGAUCCACAAACUAUUUGCAGGUAUGUUGCUUUCUGGGUAGUCCCAUUUUAUAGGAUAGGAAUAAGGUGGCAGCCUAGUAAAAGUGAAGUAGCUUAGCAAACUUAGUUCAUUUUUGACACGGUUCUGGAUGGUUGAAAUGAGUUGGCAGAUAGGGUCAUAGAACAGUUACAAAGACUAGAUACAGAUUUGAUGCAGAUUCCUCUCAACCUCCUAUUCUGCAGGGAUUUUGUUGUAUUGCUUACUUUUUAGGAUAAUGCUUGCUUCUAUUCUAUUUUCCUCAUGUCAGUAUGUGAAUAUGUAUUCCUUUAGACAUAGCUGACAUCUGCAAUGUGGACUCCAUACCAUGGGCUUGAGUUUGAUUAUUUCUUCAUAAUUAGAGGGUUUUUUUGACAAAUGGUUUACUACGUCAGAAGGAGGAUCACGAGUUUAAUUUUCCCACUAAUAUAUUUAUUUGUAUCCUCAUUGCUGAGAUAGUUUUCUUAAUGAUUUAUUACCUUUUUUCCUCUAUCUUCCUAGACUAGCAUUAAAAUUUUGAUUAUUUGUAGGUUUGGUUCCAUUAGUAGAAAAUAAAUGUUCGCAGCUUAUUGGUGUCAGCACACAACAGAUGCAGAAAUGAUAUUUUCUUGCCAUUGAAUAUUUCUCAUAAGAUGCUGAUAUUCGCAUGGCCAUUUAUCUUCCACACUACAGCACAUAAUUUAAUGAAACUGAUUUUCUGUGCUCCUACAGUUUGUGGUCUGAUGGACCACUUGUUUCCGUUGGUGUAUAGGAGACAGUAGAACAUUGUGGCAGAAUGUAGGUUUUAGGUUAGGACCUGGGUUUUGAAGAAUUCCGGAUGUUUGGGGGUUAGCAUUGGCAAGUUAUUAGACUGGUCUUUGUUUCUUCAUCUGUGAGAUAAUAGCAGUAAACCUCAGAGUUGUGAAAAUUGAAUGGAUAUAAUGUGUGUGAAGCACUUAGCAUAAUGCAUGAUAUGUAGUAAGACAUGCAAAAAAAUAGGAGUAGUUACCAUUACAAAGGAAUUUGAAGAAGGGAAGAGUCCUAGUGGGCUGGAGUAAUUGUUUUAACAAUAAUUUGGAGUUAAUCAAAAUUAAAUCAGAUCUUAGAUUCCUAUCAUCUACAAAAUACUUUUUUGGUUGCUACCAUAAUCCUUGCAUAGUUGGAAAUCUGUAAACUUUCUAGUAUUUUUUGAUUUCUGGCCCAUUUUCCCCCCACCAUUCAUGCUUAUAUUCAUAAUUUUUGGUCUCAGUCACCAUUUCUUGUGAAGCUAAUUAAAUGCAUUCUUAAAUACAUAAUAUUGUCAAUAUCCAUGUACAUUCACCGUGUCUAGGUCCGAAUCUCCAUUUACUCUAUGCUGGUCUAAUUUUUGCCAAGGCUUAGAACCAAAGACAGACUGUAGGGGUUGAUGUGGGACCUCCAGAAUGGGGAUUGCACAGAAUAAUCUUAUUUUUCCUCUAUUCUUCUAGUCUGUUAUGUUCUGAACCCACACAUGUUUUCGGAAGGACCAGAUGGCUGACACUGGCUAAUGAGAACCAAAAGACAGAAGUGAAAGUAACCUGGUUGUCACAUACCCCAGCUUAGAGGUUCUUCACCCUGCCCCAGGAUAAAUUUCUUUUUCCUCUGGAGACUUCACCCUGCUGUAUCACAAAACUUUGCUACAGCCGGGCUUAUCUGAGAUAAGGAUCCUUAAAUCAAGCGGUAGCAUUUGUUGAAUGAAAAAGAUUAUACUCAGGACUGAGAGAGAAGGAGAAGCAUCUGCCUUUAAAAGGCAGUGGAACCUUAUGGUUUAAAGCUGGGAUUUAGAGUCAGAGGUCUCGGUUCAAAUCCAGCUCUACCACUUAUGAGCUCCUUCACAAUGAACAAGUUGUUUAGCCUCUCCAGGCCUUAAUCUCUUGUUGUAAAAUGGGAACAGUAAUAAAUAAUGCAUCCUUCACAUUUCAUUCGUGAGGAAUGAAUGAAAUGUUAUGGAUAAAUUAUUUACUAUGUACCAGGCACUGUGGUAAAUACCCAACAGAGGUAUUAGCCUUUGUUACUAUUAUUAAAGAGCUCCUAAUCAAAUUAGAAGAUUAGCACAAAGAAACAAACAAGGUUUAAAAAGCCACAAAAACAUUGUCAUGUAAAACAGAAAAUUGAAUAAAAAGUGCUAAAAUAAUUGGACUCAGGCGAGUUUCUUGGGCUUUACGUAGUCAGGGUGCUCCUGGUUUAAAGAAUGACAUAAACAAAGAUAUUUAGGAGUCAUUGUAAACCUACAAGCAAAAGACAUUUAGCAGCUGACUUUCCCUGCUACAAUGUAGAGACAAGUUGACUAAGUAAAAAUAGCUAUAACCUAAAAUUAUGUAAAUCAAUCAAAAGUAGAGGCAGUCUGAAGGCCCAGCAAAAUGAGGAAACUGUAGAACUUGUCAGUAGACCCAGUGGGCAACCAGAGAGUAGUCAGAAGUGAUUACAGGGUUGUUGGGAAUGAAUGGCCAGGGGAUCCGGGAGAGAGAAAUCAUGAGGUAGGUUUUCUUCUUUGAAGGUGGGGAAAGAUCAAGUGCAGACUGAGCUGUGGCCAACGUUUGCAGACCAGGAAUCCACACUAGCUCUAAUCAGAGAGCUCUUGGUGUGCGGGAACUGCCAGUUUGCCGACGUGAAAAGAGCCCCAGACUGGGUAAUGGUGAGCCCUGAAGUCGCACCCCAGCUCUGCCACUCAGUGAGCACGGGUAAGUCAUCCACCCUCUCCGGGUGGCCUUGAUGGCCCUCCCUCCUCUGAGACUGAAAGACAGGGAGGCCAGAAAGCCCAGAGCAGCCUCCUUCCCGUCUCAGGAUAGGAAAGGAUCUCCGGAACUUACUUCACAUGGUAGCAGCUUCUACUUGUGGGUUAUAAACAACCUUCUGUUACCGGGAAAGUCAAAUUGCAACCAUAAUCACUGAUCCCAAGCAGUAAAUGUGACGGUGGUUAAUUCUACUGUGAGGGCCUGGCCACUGGUUCCCUGGAGUGUUGCACACCUUUGGAAUCGGGGCAGUUACACUAUUCUCAUUCACAAGCUUUUUCUCUGAGUUGGCCUCAUCUGAGCGCUAGAGUUGGUUGCAGAAGUGUCUUUCUAUAGUUUUCCAAGUACUUUAUGCAGACAGCAAGAAUUAACUGGUUUUUAUUACUGUCCUGUCCAUGUGUCCUAACUUUUUUCACCUCAUAAGACCAAGUUGGCUGAAGCAUGGGACCAACACUGAGUGCUUUGAAGGAAAGCUGUUUGAUUCCUGUUCACUGAAUGCCAUUUCUUUCAGGGUAGAUUUAAGGGCUCUGCCCUUAAAGUACAGUUCUUCUGACUCUAGAUUGAGGGCUCAAACCACCCCGUGGGUUAACUUCAACAGAUGAAAAUUUUUCCUUGGCUACAGCAACAUCCCUAAUCCUGACCAGCCAUGGAGAGGUUCGGUUCUUACAAGGAAAAUGAGUGAAUGUGGGAAUGGCUCACCACAUUGGGAAAACAAAACUCACAUCCUGCUGAUGGUUGGCUGAGGACUGUCAUGUCCACAUACAAAGAAAAGCAUGUGGCACAGUUUUAGGACAAAGAUAUGGUUUUGUGGAGUUUGAUGAUCUGCGUGAUGCAGAUGAUGCUGUUUAUGAACUGAAUGGCAAAGACCUUUGUGGUGAGCGAGUAAUUGUUGAGCAUGCCCGCGGUCCACGUCGAGAUGGCAGUUACGGUUCUGGACGCAAAUCCUUUGAGGCUAAGAUGACUGCCUGUUCCAUUUGCUGACCUUGGGUUACCUUUCCAUGCGUGGCUCUUUGAACCAUUGUGGCCCUUGGCUGACCAAAAACAGGAAGCCAUGUGACGACCGCAACCUUUCCCCAUUAGACCUGGGUGGUGGAUAUGGUUAUAGAAGAAGUGGCCGAGAUAAAUACGGCCCUCCUACGCGCACAGAGUACAGACUUAUUGUGGAGAAUUUGUCAAGUCGGUGCAGCUGGCAAGACCUAAAGGAUUAUAUGCGUCAGGCAGGAGAAGUGACUUAUGCAGAUGCUCACAAGGGACGCAAAAAUGAAGGGGUGAUUGAAUUUGUAUCUUAUUCUGAUAUGAAAAGAGCUUUGGAAAAGUUGGAUGGAACUGAAGUCAAUGGCAGAAAAAUCAGAUUAGUUGAGGACAAGCCAGGUUCCAGACGACGCCGAUCCUACUCCAGGAGCCGGAGCCAUUCAAGGUCUCGCUCUCGAAGCAGACAUUCCCGUAAGAGCAGAAGCCGAAGUGGCAGCAGCAAAAGCAGUCAUUCUAAGAGUAGAUCCCGGUCCAGGUCAGGCUCCCACUCCCGGAGCAAGAGCCGCAGCCGCAGCCAGAGCCGGAGUCGGAGCAAGAAGGAGAAAAGCAGGAGCCCCAGCAAGGACAACAAGAGCCGCAGUCGCAGCCGCAGUGCGGGCAAGAGCCGCAGCAAGAGCAAAGACCAAGCCGAAGAGAAGAUCCAGAACAAUGACAGCGCCGGGAAGUCCAAGAGCCGGAGUCCCAGUAGGCACAAAAGUAAAAGCAAGAGUCGGAGCAGGAGUCAGGAGAGGAGAGCAGAGGAGGAGAAGCGAGGGAGCGUGAGCAGGAGCCGGAGCCAGGAGAAGGGCAGGAGCCAGGAGAAGGGCCUCCUUAAGAGUCGCAGCCACAGCCGCAGCAGAGGGGGCAGCAGGAGCCGCAGCCGCAGCAAGAGCAAGGACAAGAGCAAGGGCAGGAAGAGAAGCAGGGAGGAGAGCCGCAGCCGCAGUCGCAGCCGCAGCAAGAGCGAGAGGAGCAGGAAGCGAGGCAGCAAGCGAGACAGCAAGGCAGGCAGCAGCAAGAAGAAGAAGAAGGAAGACACUGACCGCUCCCAGUCCCGAUCGCCAUCCCGCUCAGUGUCAAAGGAGCGGGAACACGCCAAGUCUGAGUCUGGCCAGAGGGAAGGCCGAGGGGAGAGUGAGGAUGCUGGCACCAAUCAGGAGACCCGGUCUAGGUCAAGAUCGAAUUCCAAAUCGAAACCAAACCUUCCGUCAGAAUCACGCUCCAGAUCAAAGUCGGCUUCAAAAACCCGAUCUCGGUCCAAGUCUCGAUCCAGGUCUGCUUCUAGAUCGCCCUCUCGGUCUAGAUCUAGGUCCCACUCAAGGUCCUAACUGGCUACGACCACAGCUGGAACUACCCAAGAAGUCUUUUUUGUACAUGUUUGGUAGCCGUAGCACAAGUGAUUGAAGUAGAACAUGUCACUGCUGUACAUUUUUAACUCCCCUAAUGGUGUGUCUAUAAUUGUUAAAUCUAAGUGCUUCCUCUCAGUAAAGCCUCCUGGCACCAGGCCUUCCUGCUCGACUGAAAAAAAUUUUCUCUUUGAAAACCCCCCUUUACUCAUGGCCCACAGUAGAAUAUCCAAAACGCCUUGGCUUUCAGGCCUGGCCUUUCCUACAGGGAGCUCAGUACCUGGACGGCACCAAGGCUGGAAUGAUGACAUAGGUAGGUAUGGUGAGUUCUUCAACCAUUUUUGCUCUUGAAUUGAUGCCCUUUGAUGUAUGCCAUUUAGUGAAAGUGCUAAGUCUUAAGUUUCCUACCACUUUGGUUUCAUAUUUUUGGACUUAACAAAGUUGUGAAUAGCACAGUCGAGGAAAAUUGAUACCUGCAGUAACCCAUAGGAAAUAAACUGUAGAGUUCCAUAUUCUGGUAUUGUGAUUAUAUUGUUUUAUAUUAAAAAAGAAAAUAAAAGAAUUUUUUUUAAUUUUAUUUUUCCCCGUCUUGCAAAGUAUAGUGACCCCUGUUUCCAUUAAAUUUGAAUAAAGACUAUUUUUGCUUGA